CAUUAAGCCACUGUGAACAUUCCAAAAUGAAAGCCUCUCUCUUGCUUGCGCCCUUCGUCGGCGCCGUCUUGGCCUACGGGGCAUACACCGUCAACAACAACCUCUGGGGCAAGGAUGCGGGCUCCGGCUCCCAGUGCACCACCGUGAAGUCCGCCUCGAACUCUGGGAUCUCCUGGUCGACCAAGUGGGACUGGUCCGGCGGCGAGAACUCGGUCAAGAGCUACGCCAACUCGGGCGUCCGUUUCACGAAGAAGCUCGUCAGCCAGAUCAGCCAGAUCCCCAGCACUGCCAAAUGGAGCUACGACAACGCGGGCAUCCGGGCUGACGUGGCUUAUGACCUGUUCACUGCGGCGGAUAUCAACCAUGUUACUUACAGUGGUGAUUACGAACUCAUGGUGUGGCUCGCCCGUUAUGGUAAUGUUCAGCCCAUCGGAUCCAAGAUCGCUACCGCCACCGUUGACGGGAAGAGCUGGGAACUGUGGUACGGGGCGACUGGCGCGCAGAAGACCUACAGCUUCGUGGCGUCGACUCCGGUCACGAGCUUCAGCGGGGACAUCAACAACUUUUUCAAGUACUUGACGCAGCAUCACGGCUUUCCGGCGAGUAGCCAGUACCUGAUUAAUGUGCAAUUCGGCACUGAGCCUUUUACCGGAGGGCCUGCGACGCUUACCGUGUCUGAUUGGUCUGCAAGUGUGCACUAGUGGAGUGUCUUCAAGCGGCCGUGGAUGAUGCUAGCGCUUGCACGCCUAUUGCUUUUGAGAGGAGAGAAAAGUUGGGGGGGAUUUGGAGAAGUUCAGCCGUUGAGAGGGAGUCGAUAAGUUCUGUUUCGGUGUGUUCG